UGGGAAUCUGCAGUACAUUAUUUUGAACCACAACCGCUUGCAUAACUCUUCAAGCAUGCCCCCGGAUACGAUAACCAUCUCAUCUCUCACACUUCACCUGCCACACGGCCUAGGUCCGUCCGCCUUUCACCUCACCCCGUCCCCUCCCUGUCCAGCCCUUCUCUCCCUCACAAUUCACCUCGUCCCCAACUCUGUCUCUGCCACCGCCGCAGGGGACUCCAUGGCAGGCCUUGGAGUAAACUACUCUUCAGUAUCCAAAGCGGUAUAUGCCCUUGCGAAUGAUGCCGAAAAGGUAUGGAGCGGACCAUGGGAGCUGAUGCGCGCUGUCAGUGCCAUCCCGCUAGGGUUUGAUGAUGUCCAGAGCGUAGAUAUCCGUCUAGGCCUUCCAAAGGCACUGCUACAUGCUCUAGAAGCUGUGUACAAGGCGUCCUAUGCCAAAAAUGGCGAAGAAACCGGCAGGAGCUGUACAAUCCGGGACUUGAAGGUAGUGUGUAUUGUGGGACUACAUGAGCAUGAGAGAAAAGAGAAGCAGAGGCUGGAGUUGGAUGUCAAGGUCAGAGGAGGCGACUGGAAUGUUUGGGGACACAAGGGAUUUGCAGAUGAAAUAUACGACUUUGUGAGCAACUCGGCUUACGGAACUAUCGAAUCGCUGAACCACGAACUGGGACAACAUCUUCUGAAGAGUCGCUAUCUGGGGGAUCCCACUCAAUCUCAUCUAGAAAUUACAAUCAGGAAACCAUCGGCAAUACCUUUCGCUACUCCAAGCAUCACGAUUCAUCGCUCACAGGCCGACUAUGCGCCAAGUCUACCAUCUGGCACCGCUUGCAAUGCGCCACGCGAAGCCCUUGAGAGGGUAUUCGUGGCUGUCGGCUCCAAUAUCGGUGACAGAGUAGCCAACAUCACAAGAGCCGUAAGCCUUUUAGAGGAGGCUGGAUGUAAAUUGCUAGGUACUAGUAGACUGUACGAGAGUGAACCGAUGUAUGUGGAAGAUCAGGACCGGUUCAUCAAUGGUGUCAUUGAGCUAGCUACACCACUUGAGCCCUUGGAAGUUCUUCGAUUGCUCAAACACAUAGAGAAAGCUGUCGGGCGUACAAAGACAUUCACGAAUGGUCCUCGAGUCAUCGAUCUAGAUUUGGUCUUUUAUGGUCACCGAGUGGUUAAAAUUGGCAACGAAACUGAUGAGGAAGAUGAACAUGGGAUCAAAUGGUUAGAAUGCCCUCACAAAAGACUACGUGAGCGAGAGUUUGUUUUGAGGCCGCUGGCCGACAUUGAUCCAGAGUUCACGCACCCUGCGCUUCGCCGAUCCGUCGGCCAGCUUCUCGCCAGUCUUCCAACCACGUUUCCGCCAUCUCUUUCACCUAUAAUCCCCUUACACUCUCACUCUUCUCCCCUUAGGCUUUCCAUCCCUGCCUCCCCAUACAUCAUGGCCAUCUUCAAUACAACACCAGAUUCAUUUUCUGAUGGCGAUCCCGCCAGGACGAAUGUCGAAUAUGCGCUCGCCGCUUGCGAAAAGCUGUUAAAAGGACCUGAGCCUCCGGCUAUUCUCGACAUUGGGGGAAUGUCCACGCGCCCAGGUUCUGAACCCUGUUCAGAGGAAGACGAGCUCAGUCGCGUUAUCCCACUUGUCAAAGCCAUCCGAUCAUCAAGUAAUCCCAUCGUUGCAUCGAUUCCGAUAUCAGUUGACACUUAUCGACCGUCAGUUGCCAAGGCUGCUGUUGAAGCUGGUGCAUCCAUCAUUAACGACGUCCGUGGCGGACAAGAGCCAGGAAUGUUGCGGGUCAUGGCAGAAGCAGACGUUCCUGUUGUUCUGAUGCAUUCUAGGGGUGAUUCAAAAACCAUGAUUGCAGCGGAUGUCCAGGAUUAUGAUAGCCACGGAGGUGUCAUCAAGGGUGUGAUACAGGAGAUGAGGGUCUUGGUAGAGCAGGCCUUGAAGUCUGGCGUCAAACGAUGGAAUAUCAUCCUCGAUCCUGGCUUGGGCUUUGCCAAGUCUUCCUCUCAAAGCUUAACAUUGCUCAAACACCUGCCUGAUCUUGUCCUUCCAGGGACCGGACUGGAGAGACUUCCGAUGUUAGUAGGUGCCAGCAGAAAGGGAUUUGUAGGUCAGACCAUAAAACGGGCUGUACCAAAAGAGAGGAGUUUUGGAGAUGCGGCUGUCAGCGGUUGGUGCGCUUCCAGUGGAGUUGUGGACAUCUUAAGAGUCCAUGAGCCUAGAGAGAUGGCUGAAGUUGUAAAAAUGGCAUGUGCUAUUAGGGAUGCAGAGUAGGAGGUUCUGCUAAAGAUAUAUGGGCAAUAAUGCAUGGGAAUGACAGGAAUGACUCGGAUGAGUGCUUUCCCGUUCCGCUGCUGUCCAUCCUAACAAUCGCUUUGUUAAUUAUUUGUUACGUAAGACUUGGGUAGUUAUGAGACCUCCACUUUUUAAGCACCGGUGUCUGAUUUCAGGCUGGAAUGUUUGUCGCACCAAACAAA